UUUUGUUUUUCUUUUACACUGUUGGAAAAUUGUAUAUAUAUGUUAUCAUGCGUUCUCUUUUUGUUUCUAUAUUAUCAUAUUACAGUAAAUGAUCUACCGAUAGAUUAGUGCGUACGUGCGUUCGUUGUUCUGCUUUGCUGUUCUUAUGAUUCACCACAGAAAACCACAUUAGCAGAAGUGUGAGGUCCUAUCUUGGUCAGCGAGAUGCAGCUGCAGAGAAAACAACGCCCUGCAACGGCAAUGUGUCAGCGACGGCAAUGUGUCAAUCUUCGUCAAGUGGCUGACUCCACACUUCACACCCUCAAGAUCUGGCGCUAAGCGCGCCCCUGGUUCCUGCUCAUAUGGUCGCUUUAAAAUAGCCGAACGCAACACGUGGAUUCAUUUGUCUCACUGUAAAAAGGUGAUCUCCGCAGACCCAACCUAAGUACGGAAGGUGAGCAAAGUCUGGUAAUAGUGCCUGAUUCUGGUGUCAAGAUCCAGGGUUGACACGAAAGCCAGCGGAAGAAUUCCAAGACACCAACCCGAAGCUCAGGGUGUUGACUCUGAGGAGAUUUGAAACUAGGUGUUAAAAUGCCGUUGGGACAAUGUCUUGCGAAGGUGCGGGAUGGUUGCAAAUCUUGGGGAGCAUUCAUUUGGAUUUUUGUCAUUUUAGGUUUCGCUAUAGUUUGGGCAACGUACUAUAUGCGCUUCGGCCCUGGUUAUGUAAAACACGCGUCUCCAGAUAGUCCACCUGAAGUUUCCACUGUUACUGAUGUACCUGAUGUUUUUUCUCUUGAAGAGUAUUACAAACAUUGUUUGGCGGAUGACGAUUCUGGGCACAGUCGCAAUGGUUCCUUUGGUUACCGAUAUUGUCCAUGGAACAACGUUGCCUCGCGUAGACAUAGGCGUGAGGUCUCGUCCAUUAGGCGUAAGAUCUCGUCCAUUUCUAAUUACUGCACGCCUGCUCUCGUUCAUGACGGUAUUCCCUGCGUACCAUGGCGCAUAGCCAACGCAUACCUAAAUUCAUUGGCGUUCACCGUGGCCCCAAACACGACUUCCACUAUCACCGUGCCCUUGAAGAGUUUGAGAGGUACCCGACAAGGCCAGCCCACUACGGGUGACAAAUGGCCUGGGCAUUGGUGGUAUUUGACUGGCAAUCCGGAUAUCUCUGAUUGGAGCGCCCUUAUCACCUCGCAGGUACCAGGUUAUUGGCCUCCUGGCUCCAGUGAAGAAGCUGUGUUUUUUGCUAAGCGUAUAACUUUAAAGAACCAAGGCUCCAGUCUUCUUUUAACCGUUACACUCCCUGAUGACGCGAUUCGACCCCCUCACACUACCUUGUUCAAUACUUCCUGUUGGGGUUUUCAGUUGUGGGCUUGGUCCUCUGGGAGAGAUCCUCAGUUUCCUAUUGUAAUUUGUGUUGACAAAACAAUGCGGGGCGCCGACAGUCCCGUGUUGAGUGACUUUUCCAAGGCAUCUGGAGUGGUGGUUACGAGCGUGGCCCUCACCGAUGCAGACAGUCACUUUGUGGCCUCCACAGGUAUGAGUGGUCAGACUAACAAUUGGCUCCUCAUGGCCGAGCAAGCUGCUAAUGUGACUAACACCAGUUGCUUUGUAUGUAUGGGCCCAAGGCCCCUCUUGAAGAUCAUUCCCGCUAGUGUGGCUCCUGAGUGUGCGAUUUUUGUGAUGUUGACCCUUUCCAUUCCGUCUACUCAUCCUUGCUCCAGUUGGGACAAGGUCUAUCCCGUUUCCUCCUUGACAAAGUCCAAACCCCUUUUUUCUACUGAUGUUGCUAAAGGUAAUUUCACGUGCAUCAAGUUGCCCGGUACUGGCGCAAGCCUAGGCGUUUUGUCUGCUCCUAUGUGCACUUCCCUGUUCAAUGUCGCUAACCUUUUCUCGCCAAUCGCUCGUAGUGAUAUUUGGUUUUGGUGCAACACUGACAAACUUUAUGAUAGUCUCCCUUUUAAUAGCUCUGGAACUUGCGUUUUGGUGACCCUUUUGCUUCCCGUUUUGUUAAUGCCCGCAGCUCCUCAUGAGCUAGAAAUUUUUGUUGAUUCUUUUGUGCCCCGACCCUGGUCGAGGGCUAAGCGGAGUGCCGAGUGGCAAGGCGUGGCGGAUCCGACCUAUAUAGAUGCCAUUGGAGUUCCCAGAGGAGUGCCGGAUGAGUAUAAGCUGGUGAACCAGAUAGCAGCUGGUUUCGAAUCCUCCAUAUGUUGGUGGUGCAUCCUUAACAAAAAUGUUGACAGGAUCAAUUACAUCCACUACAACGUGCAGAGGCUUGGAAAUUGGACCGAGGCAGGCUUCAGAGCGGUCCACUCCCAGCUGGCCGCGACUUCCCUCAUGGCUUUCCAGAACCGGAUGGCCCUUGACAUGCUACUCGCAAAGGAGGGCGGUGUCUGCGCCAUGUUCGGUGAGCAAUGCUGCACUUUUAUCCCAAAUAACACUGCAGCCGGCGGAAGCCUGUCCCUGGCCCUUGAGGGCUUGAGGGCCUUGAAUGGGAAGAUGAAGGACCACAGUGGUGUGAACACGGAGGCUUGGAACAGCUGGCUGAAUGUGUUCGGCAAGUACCGCACCCUGGUUUCCUCGGUCCUCGUCUCCCUCGCCGUUUUUUCUGCUGUUUUGACCUUGUGUGGAUGUUGUUGCAUUCCGUGUCUCCGGUCCCUAAUUAAUAAAUUGAUUGCAACUGCUAUCUCUCCGGCGGCUGAGACUUUUCCGUUGCUCCCUGUGGACGACUUUGAGCUCCCUCAACCCUUGAAGUGUCACCCCAGCGUUGACUCCAUUUAUGAGACCCCCGCUGUGGACCUGUCCGACUUUUUCCUGAGUCCGACGUUGUCUGAUUGGCUUCAAUCGCCUCCCGAGCGUAAAUUUGUUCUUAUGACGUGUGAUCCUGCGGCUGAAAAUCUUUUGAAGUAGCCUUUGGGUGAUUUGAGGGUCUCUGAGAACUUAUGAUAAACAGGGGGGAAUUGUUGGAAAAUUGUAUAUAUAUGUUAUCAUGCGUUCUCUUUUUGUUUCUAUAUUAUCAUAUUACAGUAAAUGAUCUACCGAUAGAUUAGUGCGUACGUGCGUUCGUUGUUCUGCUUUGCUGUUCUUAUGAUUCACCACAGAAAACCACAUUAGCAGAAGUGUGAGGUCCUAUCUUGGUCAGCGAGAUGCAGCUGCAGAGAAAACAACGCCCUGCAACGGCAAUGUGUCAGCGACGGCAAUGUGUCAAUCUUCGUCAAGUGGCUGACUCCACACUUCACACCCUCAAGAUCUGGCGCUAAGCGCGCCCCUGGUUCCUGCUCAUAUGGUCGCUUGAACACAUUGAACUUACUGAACUCUGUUUGCUCAUUUCUAUUUCGCAAUAUCGCAAGUGCACCGUCUGCCGUUUUUGUUUCUUACCUAAGCAGAAACCCUUGCGCUUCCCCUUUCCCCUAACGGUUUCUGCUAUGUUUGUAGACAGGGUCUCCCCAAAUAAAAAGAGCAAGAGUGCAGGCAGACUUUAGUGUAGCUGGGCAUUGUAAGCUGUCUGUACUGCACUCCUUGCGCAAGUUACGACUCAAUAUUCUGCCUCACUUUUGGUUUGUCCGUUGGUGCAUUUCUCUUAACAUUUAUUCACACUGUCUGUAAAAACCUAACAUACACUUAUUUUUGUAAUAUCUUAACAAUGCCGGUAUUGAGAACAAUGAGACUUACAUCUCUUCUGCAACAGGACAAUGAGGAGACACGCCAACACCUUGAGGACCUCCGCCAUAACCACGGCUGACGUGGCCAGGAAGCCCUCCCCUGGCAAUGUGCGCACGUAUUGGAUGCUGAGGAUAAGCGACGCAUUCUGGACCACCAGCACUGCCAGACUUAUGUACUUCAGCUUGCGGUUCACUGACACUGAUACACACAUACACAAACAAAUACACAACCAUCUUGUCACUGUCAGGUAUGUACCAAAAACCCUAAUCGUCCAGCAAAUUCAGAAAAGAACAUUCAUGAGCACAACAUGAAUAUAAAAAAUCACGUUAAAUCACUCAUUUAUUAUGCCCCUAAAACUUUAUCAUGCUGUCAUCGAUUAAUUUACUUCCUGUGCCUGGAAGUAGGCUUGCCUUUUAGUGCAUUACUUUAGUGCCGUACUUUCGUGUCUUUCGCGUCUGCCAGACGUUACGGGUCUGCUCGCGACCCGUCAUUUUGUUGGCUGAAAAAUGUGGAUAGCGCUCAUUACACGAGACUGGACUGCCCUGCAGAAAUACAGACUUGGCCCCGGUCCCAUUCCGCUCACUUACAAGCCAUAGUGGCGUAGUGUAACCAGGGGCGUAAUGUCAGCAAUGAGACCCCUCUCCAACGAGCAGUACCUGGCCACGUCACCACCUGGUCACUUGCACUUUAGCAUUAGCACCUCCGCGAUGUCACGGCUGCGCUACUUGUAGAAGUAUUACACCAACAAACAGAAAACUGUACAAGUAAGUGCUCACCAGCAAGAGUCAGUUAAUAAAAGUCACAAAUGUAACUAACUUACUUCUACGAGGUACAACCCCCCCACCAAAAACUAACACGGCCUCUAUAGGAACAUCAAAACCUUUCUCCCCUCCUUCACUUACUUUCAUCGUGCCCACGCUUCACUGUCAGGUCCUCAGCCACUAGGUUGAGUUUUCUAUCAGCCAUGCUAGCCCCAGCCCGGCUAACGCCCCGCUAGCAGCGGCUGACGGCGUUGAGAGAAAACAGAGGCCCAAGCGCACGUUCCAACGGGGCUGACGGACAAACGUUGGGUCCAAGAGACAGCGGAGGACUGCAGUAGCCCCGGAAAGAACGCCGGCUCUGCUGGAAGAAGGCAACCCGCCGAGUAGCCGUGACGUUCGGGUAGCAGACAACUCCUUGAGCUGUUGGAGUGCGAGACACCUUGACCGAGGAUUCUAUUGGCUGCUUGAGCUAGAAACGAAUCUCAUUGGCUGAGGACAAGUUCACCUGACGCUGGUGGCCACCAGUGUGGCAGAAGUGAAGAAUACGUUUUUAUUCCCAAAUCUAACUUUGACAGAUUUCAAAGCAACAAAGGAAAAACACAUAACCUUACCCAUAACUGCAGGCCUGCUGCGUGAAAGUCCUGAGGUCCACCAGCAAAAAACCUCGGGCACUUGCGGAUGUGCAGACAUUUAGGCCAUUUAGAACAGGGAGUUCCCUAUGGGCGCGUUCAGAAAUUCACAUUGACGCCCAUGAACUACUCUGCGAGUGGGCGCGUUCGGAGAGGCAAAGUGCGCUCCGCUCCCUGUCCGCAUCCGUGUGUGAUGUGACGUCUGGAGAGCAAUGCAUUGCCAAGAGGAAAACAACAUAGCGCAAGGGCGAAAAUCAAAGCAUUCAUUUUAUUUAAUUGAAUAUAUGUACAACAAAGCAAAUAAACGAUCUAAUAUAAAUGUUUUAUUCACAAUAAAUACAGUUCUUAAUGAA